AUGAUUACCACUAUAAUUGUCGUCUUAGUUAUUAUAUACUUUGCUAGAAGUAUCUACAGAGAUUUUAUCGUAAAUGACAACAACCCAUUAGCCAGCCAAGCUCAAGAGGCUUCCAUCGUCGAAGGAAAAUUCACACCCAAAUCGCUAGUCAAAUACAACGGGAAGGAUCACCCAAAAAUCUUUAUUGCUGUGAAAAACAGAGUCUUUGAUGUCAGCCAAGGUGCUGCUUUCUAUGGCCCAGGGGGUCCUUACGAGAAUUUUGCUGGUAGAGAUGCCUCAAGGGGAUUGGCUUUGAACUCAUUUGAUCCUGCUGUUUUGACACCAUUAGAUCAACCUAUUGAUGAUUUGAAAAAUUUGUCUAAAUUAGAACAAGAGUCUUUAGACCAAUGGGACGAGCAUUUUGAAAAUAGAUACAAAGUUGUAGGCUCAUUGCACGAGAAUGGCACGGUUCCUGAAGAAGUUGAAGGUCUCUAA